AUGGAUGAUCAUAUUUAAUAAGCAUGGCAAUUCUACAAAAGCUUGGGAUCUCCUAAAUUCAUUUGUGCUCCAAUGGUUGAUUAAAGUGAACUCGCAUUUAGAAUGCUAACUCGAAAAUAUGGAACCACAUUAGCUUACACUCCCAUGUUACAUAGUCGUAUUAUGACUGAGUCCAAAUCAUACAAAGAUGAAUUCUUUACUACUUGUCCAGAAGACAGACCUUUGUUUGCUUAAUUAUGUGGACAUGACCCCCAAGUCUUAAUUAAAGCAGCAUUAAUGAUCUAGGAUCAAUGCGAUGCAAUUGACAUAAAUCUUGGUUGUCCUUAAGGAAUCGCAAGGAAAGGUCUUUAUGGAGCUUAUCUUUUGGAAAAGAGGGAACAAGUUCUAACCAUUGUGAAAGAAUUAAAAUAAAAUAUAAAUGUUCCAGUUACUUGCAAAAUCAGAAUGUUCAAAGAUAGAAAAAGAACCCUAGAUUUAACGAAAGAUAUAUAGGAAGCUGGAUGCUCUAUUCUGACUGUUCAUGGUAGAACUAAAGAGUAAAAUAAAGAUUUUGUUGGUCAAUGCGAUUGGACUAUUAUAGCAGAAAUAAAAUAAAUACUUCAAAUACCUGUAUUUGCUAAUGGAGGCAUCUACACUUGGUCUGAUGUUGAAAGAUGUCUCCAAGAAACUAAAGUUGAUGCAGUCAUGUCAUCUGAAGCUCUCUUAGAAAAUCCUGCUCUUUUUUCGGGUGAAAUAAAAGAUUUAAAUGAUUUGGCUCUUGAAUAUAUGCAAUUUGCCAAACAGUAUAAUGCCAGAUUAGCUGAAAUUAAAGCACAUCUAUUUAAACUUCUGUAUACAGGCUUAUAGAUAUUUACUGAUUUGAGAUCCAAACUUGGAUCUGCCAAAACUUAUGAAGAGCAUUUAGAAGUUGUCAUAGAAUUAAAAAAUAAAAGAGCUGAUGUUCCUAAAGAAGAUAAAUUAGGUUGGUAUAAAAGAUACUAAAACUUUAAAUAACCUUAAAAUAAUAAAGAUAAAAGUCUUCAAAAAUUGGAAAACAUUAUCUAAUAGCAAGAUUUGUUGAUAUAAAAAAAUGAUCCAUAAUGA